AUGAACAACGUGGUCUAUGAGACUUUUCCAGAGUGGUUUCUAAUUGCUGAAACUGUUUCUCUAGUUUUGUUAUUGGCUAUUACGGGCAUGUCAUUUGCGGUAUAUUUCGUAGAGAUUCAAAUUUUGUAUGCCUCCAGGAACACGACUUUCAAAGGUCCAUUUUAUCGGUUGAUGUUUGUUGGUAUCUUGGUGGAUAUAACUUCUGCUGUCAAUCUUUUUGCCCUGCAAAUCAUUCCAGCUAGAGGAUGGCUCUCCUUUUUCUACUUUACAAAUGAAAACUGGCUCGGCGCCAUUUUCUACGCUAUUACCUAUGGUGGCCGAUGUGUCCAAGGAGCCACUGCUACCAUUUUGUCAUUCUGCCGAGUCAGUGCCGUAUGCUUUCCUGUAUUUUAUCAACAAUUGAGCUAUGCAAAAUACACGUACACUAUGCAAGCCAUGCAACUCUCCGGAGCAGUUGCUUCGGUUCUUUUGUUGCUCCCUCGUGAGUACAAGUAUAUGAAUGAGAAUGGAGGGUACUACUCCGCUUUUGUGAACAAUGAGUUCAGAAAACCAUUUUAUAAUUUUGUGGCGGUGCUUGAGGUGUUUUUUGUGCUAUCCAUCGUUGUGAAUAAUCUGGUGACGUAUAUCACAUAUCAUUUCAAAAUCAAAAAGGGUGCAUCAAAACGAAAUUCGGUAUCAGGAUCACAAUACUUGAUGAAUAGGGAGAAACAAAAACGGGAGAGUAGUUUGGAUAAAAUGACUGCGAUUGUGUGUUGUGUGGAGCUUCUAUAUUUUGCAUUCGUUGUCUACUCCCUUCAAAUCAAUCAAUCAAUGAACAAGAGAGUUUUCUAUUUCCUGUACAACAUUCUCUGUGUCAUCUACUCCACAUUCUCUGCCUGGAUGUUACUUUUGUUCUCUAAACCAAUCACUAUUCAAUUCAAACAGCGAUUCUCAAAACUUAGUUUGAAGCAGUCCCGCUCGUUCUCCAUAUCCGUCCAAGGCAGUAACAAUAGAUGA